AUGGUCCGAUUGGCACUCCCCCACCGGUUGAGCUCACACCUAUCCGCGAGAAGCACGUCGUCGACUCCCGGACAGAGCAGAAGCACCAGCCCUCUACGAUCAGCAGAACCCAAACCUUUGCUACUCAGAGUUUCAGUAAUUAGAGGACGCAAUCUCGCAGCCAAAGAUCGGGGUGGCACGAGCGACCCUUACUUGGUGGUUACAUUGGGAGACGCAAGGCAGUCGACACCGACGAUAUUCAAGACCCUGAAUCCGGAAUGGAACGUUUCAUUUGACAUGCCCGUAUUGGAUGUACCAUUGCUGGAAGCUAUCUGCUGGGAUCAUGAUCGGUUUGGUAAGGACUAUCUGGGCGAGUUUGACAUUGCAUUAGAGGACAUCUUCGCCGACGGGCAGGUAAACCAAGAGCCCAAAUGGUACACCUUGAAUUCGAAGCGAAAGUCCUCAAAAAAGAAGAAGAGCACUGUAUCGGGUGAAAUCUUGUUGCAAUUCUCGCUAGUCGAUUCCGCCAACCCCGCUGCCGCGGCGCCGGACAUAUACCACAAGUUCAAGAAAUUGGUCUUCUCGGGGGAUGAGGAAGAUCAGAUUCCUGCCCCUGAGCUCGACGAAUUAGACCAGGAUGCGGAGAGCUCUGAUGAGGCCGAUGACUCGGCAGCUACGGAAGUGGUGGAAAAGCGUCGCAGGCGGCUUCGUCUAGCUCGAUUGAGACGCAAGUCCCUCGCAGCUCGUGCGUACCAGUUCUCGGGCUCCGGAACUGGUGUGCAGGGUAUAGUUUUUAUGGAAAUUGUUCGGGUCACUGAUCUCCCCCCGGAACGAAACGUGACGCGCACAUCAUUUGAUAUGGAUCCGUUCGUUGUGACCUCUCUCGGGAGAAAGACUCUCAGAACCCCUGUUAUACGCCAUAACCUGAACCCGGUUUAUAAUGAGAAAAUGGUGUUCCAAGUGAUGCGACAUGAGCAGUCUUACACCAUAAGCUUUACCGUGAUGGAUCGAGACAAGUUCUCAGGAAAUGACUUUGUUGCCUCUGCAGGUUUCGCUCUUCAGAAUCUUGUCCAGUCCGGCCCCGAAGCAGACCCCGAGACGGGGUUAUACCGGUUUGUAGAGGAUACAGAGAAAGUCAAUCCCGCUACAGCUGCCAAGUUCGGUGAACGAUCUGGUACGGGAUCUGGAGUUAGUCUCCCGCGGCCUGGAGUCACCGCGUCUCACUCUUCGUCCAGUCUCUCCAGACUUGCGAGGCCCAUAUUAAAGACGCGUAACUCUGCCACUUCGGUUCCAAGUCAAUCGAUGCUUGAAGCGCCAGUUCCGGCUCUUCUCACACCUUCCUCCCUGCCGGAAGAUGGUAUCUCGGGGAUGGAUAGCACUAGUACACUGCAAGGGUCCACAUCGAACAUGUAUGAUGGCGAGUCAGCCCCGCCGCCCGACCAGGACGGCUUCCGGUCUUAUACUAUUCCCCUUGUGCUCAAGAAUAGAGAACGCUGGGAAGACAAACAUUCACCGGAGCUGCACGUCAAGGCAAAGUACUUGCCCUACAGUGCUCUCCGACAGCAGUUCUGGAGGUUGAUGCUCAAGCAAUACGACGCUGACGACAGUGGUCGCAUCGACAAAGUGGAAAUGACAACGAUGCUUGACACUCUCGGUUCGACGCUGAAGGAGUCCACAAUUGACAGCUUCUUCGAACGCUUUAGCGAAGAUAACAAGCCCAGUGAUACAGACGAUCUUACCUUCGACCAAGCAGUGAUUUGCCUGGAGGACACGCUUCAAGUCUUGCAGAAGCGGAACUCGAUGGCUGCCACCAGGCCAAUGGUCUCUUCUAGUUCCGGAAGUCAAGAUAGUGAGCCGUCCAGCAGCGACGAGCACAGUCUAGAGACCAGCACUGCUGCUGCUUCCAAUGCCGAUCCAGAGAGAACCACUAUCCCGACCAUAUCCGCUGGCCAAUCUAGCCCGUCUGAUGAGUAUCUCCAGCCCGAUGAUCUCGGAGAUGAGGGAGGCGAGGAGCACGUCAUCGAGAUUCGCGAGUGCCCCCUUUGCCACCAGCCACGUCUGGCGAAACGCUCUGAUGCGGAUAUUAUCACGCACAUCGCUACGUGUGCGAGCCGCGACUGGCGCCAGGUUGACAACUUGGUUAUGGGUGGCUUUGUAACUUCCAGUCAGGCACAGCGCAAGUGGUACUCGAAGGUCAUUACAAAGAUUUCGUAUGGUGGAUACAAGCUUGGAGCAAACUCGGCCAACAUCCUUGUCCAAGAUCGGAUCACCGGUCAGAUCAACGAGGAACGCAUGAGUGUCUAUGUGCGCCUCGGAAUCAGGUUGUUGUACAAGGGCAUCAAGAGCCGUGAUAUGGAAAAGAAGCGAAUUCGCCGUGUGCUGCGCUCUUUGAGUGUUAAGCAGGGCCGCAAAUAUGAUGACCCAGCUUCGGCGUCCCAGAUCAAGGACUUCAUCAACUUCCACCAGCUGGAUAUGUCCGAGGUUUUGAUGCCCAUAGAGAAAUUCCGCACUUUCAACGAAUUUUUCUACCGUGCCCUUAAGCCUGAUGCCCGUCCAUGCUCCGGUCCCGAUGAACCCAGGAUCGUCGUUUCUCCUGCCGAUUGUCGCUCAGUUGUCUUUGACCGCUUGAGUGAUGCUACCAGCAUCUGGGUCAAGGGUCGAGAGUUCUCGAUCGAAAGAUUGUUGGGCGAUGCGUAUCCGGAGGAUGCUGCUCGGUAUCGCAAUGGUGCUGUUGGUGUAUUCCGCUUGGCGCCCCAGGAUUACCACCGCUUCCAUAUCCCCGUGGAUGGAAUUUUGGGAGAAUCCAAGACCAUCGAGGGCGAGUACUAUACGGUCAACCCCAUGGCCAUCCGAUCCGCCUUGGAUGUUUAUGGUGAGAAUGUACGCGUCCUCGUUCCCAUUGAUUCUGUUGAGCAUGGCCGCGUCAUGGUUGUCUGCGUUGGUGCUAUGAUGGUCGGCAGCACAGUCAUCACUCGAAAGGCUGGCGAGAAGGUUUCGCGGGCCGAGGAGCUUGGCUAUUUCAAAUUCGGCGGUAGUACGCUAUUGGUGCUAUUUGAAGAGGGAAAGGUCAAAUUCGACAGUGACCUGGUGGACAACUCUAAGGGUGCUUUGGAAACUUUGAUCCGAGUUGGCAUGUCUGUCGGACACAGCCCAAGUAUCCCUCAGUAUGAGCCCGACAUGCCUAAGAACACAGAGAACAUCACUGCCGAGGAGAUGCAAGACGCCAAGCGACGCAUCGAGGGCAGCCUGGCUCCUCCUACCAACCCAUCUAACAUACUUAAGACGAUCAGUUGA